UUCAAGUAUCCUCAAUCACAUGAACAAUUCUACCCACCCAAUAAGAAGUUACCAACGAUCACUGUUAGGGACUAUCUGCACCGACUGUAUAAAUACUCACCAUGCUCCAAGGAGUGCUUUGUUGCUGCACUCGUUUACAUUGAUCGACUUAUAUCCGAAUGCGGUCUCAUUGUAAACUCUUUCAACAUUCACCGUAUCCUAAUCACUACUUUGGUAAUAUCAACCAAGUACCUCGACGAUAUAUUCUACAACAAUGAGUACUACUCCCAGGUGGGUGGUAUCCAAUUGCGCGAAAUGAAUCACCUGGAGCUCGACUUUCUCAAGAUGUUGAACUUUGGUGCCGUUUGUCCUGAUCCAGUUUUUGAAGAGUAUCAAUCAGAGAUUGAACAAUGUAGAGAGAGAUACCAGACUUCAAAGCGUUUAACUUCGACAUCCUCCUCUUCUUCUUCCUCUAUUGUCAUAUCAUUGACAUCAUCUCAUUCACCGCGUCACAAUACUUCCUCAACAUCUAAUAACUCACCAAUAUUUCCAAGACGAGCCAGUUGCGACCAAGGCUCUGUUGGCAGAACCAAAUCUAAUGACCCAUAUCACACCAACUGUGCA